AUGGAGAAUCGAGACGACCAUAUAGCAUUACCUUCCUUUCCAUCCUUUAUCGAGCGCUUGAUCUCACAACUUUCGCAAUAUGCUGGCGCCACUGAUGGCCAAACGCAGACAUCCUCGGCCGGUCCUCUCCUGCCAGAAUUGAAGCCACUAAUGCUAACACUACAUUGCUUCUUCCCCAACGAGCUACUUCUCGCUCUCGAUAUAUUGGAUCGAGGUCUAGUAAGACGGAUCGCAACACAACUGCCGACUCAGGAAGAUCUAGAUCCGUCAACGGACCCACCAAACAUCAGUACCUUUUUCGUCAUCUCUGCCUCCACAGCUCCGCCAGCAUCGACAAGAGCAGUAGAAACCAAGGGCUACGAAGUCCGGCUGCAGGCGUGGAAUUGCACGUGUCCAGCGCUCACGAUCGCCACCUUUCGCAACUCCCAUUCUUCCCAGAGUGGUGAUGGUGAUGGGGGUGGCGCCGGCUAUGAUGUUGUGCUCGGAGAGGGCAGUCCCUCCUACUACCCUUUUGGUGGCGCGUUGACCUGGGAAUCAUCGACCAGGAUGUCACCACCAGUCUGUAAACAUCUCCUUGCGUGUUUAUUGAUGGUGCGCUGUCCUGGUGUUUUUGCAGCUGCUUCUAAAGCGGCUAGUUUAAUCUCUGUCAGUGCAGAGGAACUGGCUGGUUGGUGUGCUGGCUGGCGCGGAUGA